UUGGUGCAUUAACUGGCAAAAAUCAGAUCAAACAAAGUACACCCACCCAAGGUUUCUGCCUCAACCUUCUAAAUUCUAAUCUUUUCCAACCUUAUAAAAUAAAAUUCACAUUAUUAUAAGAUGAGAGAGAAUUAGAGUUGCAUAUUAAAUGGAAAUUAAUAUGCAUAGAAACCGGCUUCAUUAGCUUUCAUCAUCUCUCUUUCUCAAAAACCAACAACACUUUCACAAUCUGCAACCAAAACUCCAAAACCAAAAAAAUCUCACUUAAUUCAUAGAACUCACAAAUUCUUCAAAAAAAUCACAAAAUCAAAACCAACCCAUCACUCAUUUUACCAAAAAGUUUAGAUCUUUGAAUUCAAUUUCUCACCCCAAAAAAUGAGAGACAAAUUUUCAUGUUUUAGUGAAAAUUCAAUAAAUGUCUCAAAUUAUUCAUGUUCUAGCUAUUCAAACAACACAUGCAUCUCACAAAACAUUGUUGCACCUUCAAUUCAAAACUCAAUUUCAAGUGUUUAUAAAUUAGUACUCUCAACAUUGAAACAGAUUUUAAUCACUGUAACUUGGUGUAAAAAUCAUUCAAAUCAAGGACUUAGCAUAAGUUUUGGUGAUGAUGAUCCUUCGAAUGUUCCAACUUUCAGACUCAACACGAAUUCAAGGUUUUUCCGCAAGAAAAAAGGUAGCAAAUUGCUCGAUGUCGAUGAUUCUUCUAAGGUAAAUGUUUUAUGGGAUCUUUCAAAUGCAAAAUAUGAAACAGGACCAGAACCUAUUGAAGGGUUUUAUGUAGUUGUCAUUAUUGAUUCAGAAAUCGGUUUAAUUCUCGGCGAUUCUGAAACCGUUACUAAAAAGAUUAAAGAUAAUACUCCUAUGGCGAAAAUUUCACUAUUAUCAAGAAGAGAACAUUGUUCUGGUAAUACCCUUUAUUCCACAAAAGCUCAAUUUUGUGAUAGUGGAAAUUUUCAUGAUAUUUUGAUUAAAUGCAGCGUGGAAAAUGAAGGGUUUAAUAGUAAUAAAUCACCAAUUUUAUGUGUGAAUAUUGAUAAGAAAAAUGUGAUUCGUGUGAAGAGGUUACAAUGGAAUUUUAGAGGGAAUCAAACAAUUUUUGUUGAUGGUUUGUUGGUUGAUUUGCUUUGGGAUGUUCAUGAUUGGUUCUUCAAUCCUGUUUCUGGUUAUGCUGUGUUCAUGUUUAGAACAAGAAGUGGAUUGGAUAGUAGAUUGUGGUUAGAAGAGAAGCAACAACAUUCACACAAAGAUAAAGAUAAACUUGAAUUCUCCUUGUUGAUUUAUGCAUGUAAGAGCUCAUAAGAUUAAACUUUGUUAAUCCUUUCUUUUUUUCUUUCUAUUUUUGUUUUUAAUUUCUUAUACUUUCUUUUCUUUUUACUUUUUCAUUUUUUGUUUUGUUUUAACUCUCUGGUUUUUACGAAAAAAGUUCUAAAAUUUCGGAAUUCAGUUGAGUAUAGUUUCACUAAUGAUUGUUUCAGUCAAGAUUUGAACUCAGUAAUCCUGAUCGAUUCGUUCUUUGUUCUUUUCCUUUUUUUUUUUUCUUUUCCUUAUUUUAUUUUAAGAGAAACAUAGUAAUUUAGUGUUUUAGAAGUUAUAGGUGAAAAUUGAGUUAUUUUGUGUGUUGUGUUUUUCUCCUUAAUUAGGAGAUGUUUGGAAUUGAUUCAUUGAAUUUAGUGUUGUCAAA